UUGAAAAUGGGCCGCUUGAAUUUCUCCAAAUUCACGCAAUGCCAGCAAAAAGACAAAAGACUAAAAGUGGUAAACAAAACGCAUUGCGUACGCCCGUGGAUGAUUGGAUGAUUGGUGUCAAAGAAGAAGCACAGAAUGUAUAUUCCAUCCCGUACGACCAAACGUAUGAUGAACAUCCAAAGUUGAAAUGUACAAAGGAUAGGGUUCCCUCCCCCACCGCACUCCAGGUUCAUCUCUGUAAUUCCUCAUAUAAUGUUGCUUCGCAUCCUGAGCCUGGUGCUCAUUCUGGCGGUCUUGUUGCCCAUUGGCACAUUCGCUGCUCCCGCUGCUCAAGAAGAACGUAGGGACUUUCGAGGCUGGAUCAACAGCAUUGGAGAUUCCAUUAGAAAUAUUGUCCGCCCAUCUCCCACUAAUUCUGCACAUGCCACCUCGACCACCACUCCCUCUCGUUCCUCACCUGCUCGACCUUCCGCAAAUCCUUUGCUCAGGUCCAACAACAACCUGGCAGCAGCCCAUCCAUUGAGCUUUGUUCCUUUUCGUGCCGCGGUCGCUGCCAACUCCGAAUCAGACGGGGACUUUGACCCAGCGACAGAGAUUCCUUCCCUCACAUAUCUGGAAACUGCCUUUGGUAAAUUCGAACGUAAAUUUGACGCACUUCCAAAAUCUGGCGAAGCUCCCCAAUUGCCGUGGACAAGCACAUACUGGCCAUCAACGUAUGAUGGUAUCAACUACCGGUGGAAGAGCCCAGAAAUUGGAUCACCCGUCGAGAAAUAUGCUAUUGCGUUCAAUAUCAGCUCUCGUGCUCUCGGCAACCUUGUAUCAAAACAGCAAGGCAUAGACGCCCCCUGGCAUACAAAGCAAUGCGUUGGAGAUUUCAGCUGCGCUAGCGGUGACCGCUGCGUAUCCCGGCGUGGUUCAGAUGUCAAACUAUGCGUAGCAGAUUGGGAGGGUAUCUGCGACGGAUGGACAGCGGCGUCCAUUAUGAUGCCUGAGCCUAGAUGUGCUGUCACAUUCAACGGAGUGAAAUUCAAUGUAGCAGACCUCAAGGGACUCAUGAGUGCCUUUUUCGCCUCCGAUAGCGGAACCCACUACUAUAGCAUGAGCAUGUCUGGAAGGUGCAACGUCUACAACCCCAAUACUGACAGGAAUGGAUAUUAUUCGGAUCCAAACUGUGGCGAUGCGACCGCUGGCAUGUUCCAUAUUUUCAUAACUAACAUGCUGGGACGCUUGCAAAAGCCUUUUGCCUUUGAUAGAGAGACGACCGGUCAGGUCUGGAAUCAGCCUGUCCAUGGCUACCAAAUCAUAAAGACCCAGAACUUGGCCCGCUUCUUUGCCCAGACCAGACUCGGCUUUAACUACAAGCUUGACCCGAGUGCUGUCAAGUUCGUUUACGUAGAGCUCGCCGUCAAGUGGAUCUCGGAAGUCGAGUACUUUGAUGAGAUGAACCUCAACUACCGAGACAACAUGGCUGCCUUGCAAAAGACCCUGAAAACGACUAGUUAUGAAUACGUUUUGGAACUCAACGCUGCCGGUGAGAUCAUUGGUGGCGGAUGGGUUAAUGCCUCAAAGAACAGGCAGCCCGAUUUCAUGUGGGUGCCUACUGGCGUCGACAAGAGGGCUAGCGCAUUCGGCGCCAUCAAAUUUACUGACCUCGAGAAGCUAUGGGCACAGGCUGUCAACUGCUAGUUCUUUUACAAUACCUCAUAUAAACCGUCCUACUGGUGGAUAGAAUAUGCUAGAUUUGUCAUACCAAAGAUAGAAGGUAGAUCUUUCAAAGGUCGAUCAAAUAAUAGAGCUUCUUACCAAGAUAUAUACAGAUAAC